AUGGCGCAACUCGUCGUCCCCGCGGUCGCCGCCCUCGCGGGCGCGCUCGCCGGCAAACACAUCACCGAAAGCAGGAGCGGCGCCAAGAGCGAGAAGAACGAAGAAACCUCCGUCGCGUUCAACGCGGACGCGCAUCAAAACUACGACCACGAGGCGGACGCCCGCAGGCACAGACAUCUCGCGCAGCAGUGGCCCGAGGCGCGUUCGUCGAUCGUCGUCGUUCGCAUCCACGCGGACGACGUCAAGACGCCGGAUAACUGGGUCCCGCGUCACCCGAACCUCAUCCGUCUGACCGGGAAGCACCCGUUCAACGUCGAGGCGGACCUCCCGGAGCUGUUCGACUACGGCUUUAUCAGCCCGGCGAACUUACACGUCGUUCGCAACCACGGCGCGGUGCCGCGACUGGCGUGGGAGACGCACCGGAUCGCGAUCGGCGGGUGCGCGCGCCAAUCUGCAUAUCCCCUGCGCCGCGCGCCGCUAAUUCGCCGACCCCCGAACGUUCCCGACGCGUUCGAGCUCGGCAUGGACGAGCUCGCGGCCAUGCCGACGAUCACGUUCCCGUGCCUCGUCGUGUGCGCCGGGAACCGACGCAAAGAACAAAACAUGAUCAAAAAGUCCAUCGGGUUCAACUGGGGCCCGAGCGCGGUCGGGAACACGUAUUGGAAGGGCGUCCCGCUGCGUCUGUUGCUCAACCGCGCGGGGAUCCACGCGCCGGGACCGGGCGCGCGGUUCGUCUGCCUCGCCGGCCCCGAGGGCGAGCUCCCGAAGUCGUACGACGGGCAGGACGGCGGGCCGGGGUCGUACGGGACGUCGAUCGACAUGGAGACCGCGUUGGAUCCGACGUGCGACGUGAUCGUCGCGUUCGAGCAGAACGGCGAACGGUUGCACCCCGAUCACGGAUUUCCGUGUCGCGUCUUGAUUCCCGGAUACAUCGGCGGCCGGAUGAUCAAAUUCCUCACGAAAGUGAUCGUCACGGACGGCGAGUCGAAAAACUUUUACCACUUCAACGACAACCGCGUGUUACCCGUCGGCGUGGACGCGGAGACCGCCACCGCGGACGGGUGGUGGUUCAAGGAGGAGUACAUCAUCAACAACUUGAACAUCAACGGCGCCAUCGCGUAUCCAAAGCACGAAGAGGUCAUCCCCGCGGCGGCGAAGACGUACACGAUCAAAGGCUACGCGUACAGCGGCGGCGGGCGCAAAGUCAUCCGCGCGGAGGUGAGCUUCGAUCAGGGGCAAUCGUGGAAACUCGGCGACGUCGUCGUCCGAGAGAAGCCGCGAUGGGCCGCGGGGUCCAGCGGCGACAAGGCGAAGCACUGGUGCUGGUGUCACUGGGAGAUUAAAGUCAACGCGAGCGCGAUCGCGAGCGCGAACGAGAUUUGCUUUCGCGCGUUCGAUCAAUCCCAAAACUCGAUGCCGGAGCGACCGACGUGGAACGUGAUGGGUAUGCUCAACAACCCGUGGUACCGCGUCCGCGUGCACGCGCACCCGAGCGGCGGCGUCAUCCUCGAGCACCCCACCGUGGCGGGGCCGACGCCGGGGGGAUGGAUGCAGAAGAUGGCGGCGGAAAAGAGCGGCGGCGAAUUGCUGUGGGGGUGGGGCGGAGAGGGGGGACCCGCGGCGCCGCCGAGGCCGACCGCGCGGGCGUAG